CAUCAGUUUAGCAGCAUCUUUAUUUACCUCUAGUUUAGUUUAGGACUAGGCAACCAUCCACUUUGACUAAUUGGACGUUGCGCAAAUGGCACAGGUUUUAUCUUAUAGGGAUCUAUUCUAAGCCGAAACAGGGAAUAUAGGACCAAAAGUAUGCUUUUCUCGGAGGACACGAGAGCUGAGCUUUGCAAAGUGUCCAAGGCACUCGCUCAUUUCUGAGUUAUAUAUAUAUUUUUUUUUUAAAUUAAACUUCGCGUAGUUUUCUUAAAAUUGAUAUAAGGCGCAUUUCUCGUAUCCGACAGAGCGACAAAGGGGUUAACGAGAUUAAAGUGAAUCAGUAUGGAAGAAAAUGAGCACGGCAACAGGGACGCGGCGGACGAGUCCAACAGAGCCAUACUGCCGCUGCUGCACGCACCGGGCAACCAGCAGGUCCCGCACAGGAUCACCAACUUCUUCAUCGACAACAUCCUACGACCGGAUUUCGGUCGUAAAAAAGAAGCGGCUCUAAACCAAGAAGAAAGUGCGUCACGAGAGAGCAACAACAGCCCUGCUGCCCCUCAGACCGAGCCCGUGGGCAGCACGGUACCAACAGAGGGGACGUCCACUCCACACGCUGCAAAGAAACCUGCCACACCCGCCGAGGAGCCACUGAAGUCCCGCGGGGAGAGCGGCGAUCAGUGCCUAAGCUCAGACUCUGACAGUUCGCAGACCAGCUCCAACCCGGCAGCAGCUAAGCCCAUGCUGUGGCCCGCCUGGGUGUACUGCACCCGCUACUCGGACAGGCCUUCUUCAGGGCCAAGAUCUCGCAAACCAAAGAAGAAAUCAACCAGCAAAGAAGACAAGCGACCACGAACGGCCUUCACAGCAGAGCAGCUGCAAAGACUCAAAACGGAGUUUCAGACUAAUCGCUAUCUGACUGAGCAGAGGCGGCAGAACCUGGCACAAGAGCUGGGCCUCAACGAGUCCCAGAUCAAGAUCUGGUUCCAGAACAAAAGGGCCAAAAUCAAGAAGGCCAGCGGCACUAAAAACUCACUGGCCUUACACCUGAUGGCACAGGGACUGUACAAUCACGCCACUGUCACCAAGGACGAAAAAUCAGACAGCGAUUGAAUUCCACAAUGAAACAGCAGCCUCCAGACGAAAACAUGCUAUAGUAAUCCUAUGACAGAUUUAUAUAGAGCUUUCACAGCAGAUCUUUACUCACAUGUUAUUUAAUAACGUCACAGCAGAAAUAUCUAUGAUAGGCUACUAUCCAUACUCUCAGAUUCACUAUAGAAAUAGUAUAGAACAAUAGACUGGACCAGGCAGCAUUGUCCUCGAAGGAAUAUUAUAGUGCUUUUUCGUACAACAUGAGGCGCAAUCAAGCCUACAAUGCAAUAAUUUCACUAAAUAAAGGGCCAGUGUAUAAAGUAUACCAGCAUAAAAUGUUUAAAAUAGAGAGAUAUUUCUGCAAUAUCACGUCUAUAAAAGAUGUUGUAUAAAGCUAUGUUUUCAUUGUUCGUCUUGUCCCCAGGAGGUUUCACGCGCUCACCUAUGUUUUUCUAAAGCUUAUAGAGCCUAACCAUGAUUGUCACGAUACGCGCACUGGCGCUUAGUUUGUUUUGACCAGUGACGUGAACGCACCCGAGUCCAAAGAGUCUUUUUCUGCUGCAUCCAGGCUACUGUGAAUUUAAAAACGCGCAGUUUUUUAUUUCCAUUCUUGUUGAGUAUUCUUGAUUGUCUGGUGUAAUGAAGAAUAUUAUUUUCAUUGUAAAAGCUAAUUGGGCAAACAAUGAAUUUUGUACGUUUUAUAAAUGAAGUAAUCACAAAAAAUGUGUACAGGCUUAUGUGACUGAGAGGUUGCGCUUUUUCUAAAACGCCACUUAACCUAAAUGCUAAGCUAGGCCUUGCUUCAGUGUCUGCUUGUCUCAUACAGCCUUUUAAACACUCAACGUGCGUUAUUCAUUUGUUAUAGCUACUAGUGCAGCCACUAUAUUUUUAAAUAUAGCAAUAUGAAUCAUGCUGUAGCUCACUGAAGGGUAAUGCUGCCUUUUAAGUCAUACAAACAACUCUGUAGCAUAAAGACAAUGAAAACAACCAUUUGCAGCACUAUGGAGAGGAGUCUAUAAAUGCAGGCUAUUUUACAUUGAUGAUACUAUCUACAUUUUAUUACAUAUCCAUAUCAUAAAAUAAACAAAAGCGCCAGUGACUGUAACACAUGUUGGAAAUCUCUUAAUGUUGUUGAAAGGACUUCAUAUGUGUAUUUAUAUAGAUUAUAUUGAGAAAAAAAUUUAUCCAAUGACCAGUGUUGCUUUAGAGUAGUUAUCUGAGGUGUUUACACUGCUUGUUUAUCUUGCAAUAACUUCUUUUGUUUUCUUUUUGUGAAUGAAAAUAGUUUAUGGGGCCUUUGCAUGAAAGCUGCAAUUUGUUGUACAUGGGCAAAUAACUGUGUUUUUACCCUGAAGUCUUUCUUAGUGAGAGUAUGAUGGAGAGGAGACUGUAUCCAUACCAAAAUGGGGACUUUUUGCCUUUCAAAGUGUUUUGUUGUGUAUCUGAAAAAAGUGUGUGUGAAUUAAAUCCACCAAACUGAAACACACUUUGCCUUAAAGUUCAAGAGUGAACUUUCUUUUAAACAGAACUGUGCCGAAUCAGAGAAGCAGUAUUACUUCAAAUGCAGAUUAUUCAAGUUGAAUGCCUUUAUGAAAACUGCAUUAUGAAUUUACUCAUCAGCGUAUAUCUAUCUAUAUAUGAACAUAAAAUGACAACACAGAGUUGUAGAAAUACAAUGCUAUUUUUAUUUUAUGUUUGAAGUAUUCUUUGGUAUAAAUGUACAUAAUUUGUAUCAUGUAUUAAUUGUGUAAUUAACUGCCUCCUGAGAACUGCAAAAGAAGAGUAAAUAAACUUUGAAGAUUAUACACAG